UUCUAUUUUUAGAUUGAAAAAAUCAUGUGAUUCUGUCACUGUGUCACAAGCACAAAAGUUACCAAAAUGACAGAGAGUGAAAAGAAGCCACUGUUAGGGUCUUCUGACGAAGAAGAAGAGAAACUUACAGGAUGUGGAAAAACACUUUGCUGCAACCCGUUCAGAUUUUUACACAGAUAUCUGAUUUUGAUUAUCAUGUGUUUCUUAAGUUUUGGCAGCUACUUUUGCUAUGACAACCCAGCUGCCUUGCAAGACACCAUGAUAAAAGAUCUGAAGAUAUCUGAAAGUGCCUUUAUGGGAUUCUAUUCCUGGUACUCAUGGCCAAAUGUUAUACUUUGUUUCUUUGGAGGUUUCCUAAUUGACAAAACGUUUGGAGUACGACUUGGAGCAAUUAUUUUCAGUCUGUUUGUUACAGCUGGUCAGGUUGUGUUUGCAUUGGGGGCAUUAGUUAAUAAAGUAUGGUUGAUGGAUGUUGGAAGAUUUAUUUUUGGAAUUGGUGGUGAAUCAUUAGCUGUUGCACAAAAUACAUAUGCAGUGAAAUGGUUUCAAGGGAGAGAACUUAACAUGGUGUUUGGAUUACAGCUUAGUUUUUCUCGUGUGGGCAGUACAGUGAAUAUGAACAUCAUGCAGCCAAUAUAUAAAUUUGUCAGUAACAGUGGACAUAAAGGAUAUGAAUGUUUGGGCAUUGUUUUAUUUAUAGGUGGAAUCAUUUGUAUAUUAUCACUCAUAUGUGCAUUAGCUUUAGGAUAUUUUGACAAAAGAGCAGACAGAAUAUUACAAAGAAAACAGCUUACAUCAGAAGAAACAAUAAGAAUAACAGAUGUAAAAGAUUUUCCAGCAACAAUGUGGUUGUUAUGUGUUAUAUGUGUCAUGUACUACGUAGCAGUAUUUCCAUUCAUAGGCUUGGGUUUAGUAUUUUUUGAAAUGAAAUGGAAUUUUGAUCCUAGUCUUGCUAACAAUGUGAACAGUUUAGUAUACAUCAUAUCUGCUGUAGCUUCACCAGUGUUUGGAUUUCUGAUAGAUAAAACUGGGAGAAAUGUAUUCUGGGUAAUUCUGGGUACCACAGUAACCAUUGGUUGUCAUGCUUUAUUAGCAUUCACAUUUAUUAAUCCAUAUGUUGCUAUGAUUACUAUGGGAUUUUCUUAUUCUGUCUUAGCCAGUGCUUUAUGGCCAAUAGCAGCACAAAUAGUACCUAACAAUCAACUUGGAACAGCUUAUGGAAUAAUGCAAGCUAUACAGAAUUUAGGAUUAGCAGUAGUAGCUAUUAUAGCCGGUGCAAUAGUAGAUUCUAAAGGAUAUCUAGUGUUAGAGGUCUUCUUUCUUGUUUGUCUCUGUGUUGCAUUGAUAGCUGCUGUACUGUUAUAUCUCUUAGAUGCUUCCAGAGGUGGAAAAUUAAAUAUGAGUGCUAAAUUACGUCAAAUAAUGAAAGAAGAAGCCGACAGAGAAAAGGAAAAAGAAGAGAAGAAGCCUUUAUAAAGAAAAGAAUUGUUGAAGUAAAGAAACUAUCAAAACCAAUGUGCCAAAAACCAUUUUGAAAUUACAUUACAAUAUUAAAGAACAAGGCUGUAUCUUUAAGUCAUCUCUCUUGUGUGUGCAAUAUAAGAUAACAUGACAUUAUUUAAAAUUUGUAGAAAACCUUGAUUUUUCUUGAAGUCAUUUUGAUACUGGUAAUGAUAUAUGCCAAGAAGGGCAGUUCUGAAUAGGUGCUGUAAUUAUUUACAGAUAUUUAAAGGUGCUACACAAGGAUAUAUAUAUAAUAGUAAAGAAAAGUCUUUCUCAAAUUUACGAAAGCAAUGCCCAGUUUUUAUGCUAAAACAUCGAAACAAUUUUGUCUAAAUUCUCAGUUAAAUAAAGAAAAAAUAGCAUAUAGAUUUCUAUAAUACACUCUUCAACUCAUCAUUAUUGCAAAAUUCUUAAAAUAAAGUAAUCAGUAGUAUUAAAACAAGAUUUUGGACAAUAUUGACUGUUUUAAAUCUUGGAUACAUUACUCUUGGUUCUUGGAAUCAAUUUACACUGUCCCGCCUAUUUUCUGUUUUGAGUAUAAACUUCAUUAACAUUCCUUGUCAAAAUGUUGUGAUAGUUAUAUACUGCAUCAUUUACCAUAAGACCUUUAUCAUCAGCUUUCAUUACAGAUGUU